CCCUGCGACAGCCUUUCGUCUGAGUCACGUGAGAAGGCGGAAGCGUGGAGCCGCGCCGUCAGUCCUGGGGAGUCUGGCUACAGUAUCGGAUAUAUACCGUAGAAAAUGAUACAUUUACUUUCCUCUGGUGUGAUCAGUUAGUAUGAGCCUUCUGAAGAUCCGAUCAGGAUCGUAACUCGUCUGUUCCCGCAUCCGAGCCGCGGAAUCUGUCGGAUCAGCCGUUGUUGGAUCCCUUUGCUCUUGUUUGGGGAUCGGCCGGAUUUUUAAAGACGAGGAGCGAUUUGCACCGCGGACAUGUCCGUGCCCGGGAGCGCCAAGGGGGGCGUUAUGGCGGAGGGCAGUGGCUUCCUGGGGGGCCGGAUUCCUGUUGAGAUCGAUGCGAUGGCGAGGCACAUUAGAGACCUGGAUAAAGAGCUGUUCAGGAAAAUACUGAAAGCGGUAGUGAGCGCCGUGGAGGGGAAGGACUGCAGGGACCUGAUGAGAUCCAUAGCGGAAAACAGUGACGUUCCCGAGGACCGCCUGAGCCUCAUAGUGGCAGGAAUGUAUAGCCUGCUGAAGGAGGCGCUGAGACUUCCCACCUCUUCACUGAAGCAGGAGGUCUUCAAAGACGAUCUUCGGGAACUUAGGAUAUCGGAGGAGUUCAUUACAGAUUUUGCGAGCGUUGUCUUCGGAAACAGACGCGCGGCUCUGGAAGCUGCAUACACACACCAACAACCGCGGCUGCCCAGCAUCGAGGACCUCCAGUGGAGGGUGGAUGUGGCCAUUUCGACGAGCUCCUUAGUUCGUGCUCUCCAGCCGUCCAUCUUGAUGAGGAUGAAGCUCUCAGAUGGAAAGAUCCACCAGUUUGAGGUGCCCAUUUCCAAGUUCCAAGACCUGCGCUACAAUGUUGCCCUCAUUCUGAAGGAAAUGAACGACCUGGAGAAGAGGAGUAUUCUGAAGAUCCAGGACUAACCUCCCAGUGAUGUUUGGCUCUGUCUGGCGGACCAUGCCCCCCUUUCUUAACUAAUAAAUCACCAUAUUAGCCCUCUCAUAUUUAGGCAGUUUUUGGCAGAAAUUAAGUCGAACUGGGCGCAAGGAUGAUACUGCUCCUUCUAACUAAACAUAGAGCACAUGUUGAGUGUGAUUCGCUGAUUUACAGCUGGGAUCUGUGAGGCUAAAAGAUGGUUACUUGCUUGAAUUGAAUUCAGUUUUAAUUAUCAACAUAUGUAAUAUUUCCUAGGCUUCAUAUACAGGGGGUGGUCGGUGGGGUGCAGACAUCUGUAGUCGUCAGCAGAAUUUUUUUUAAAGCAUUUUCCUACCCCCCUUAACAUAGCCUACUGGUGUUACUGCUAUAGGAAUCUGUGCGGUAUUACAUCGUCUGUUUCGUACAGGUCACUGGGGGCACUGUGCAGUUAUUUUAUAAUAUCCAGUUUGACUGGUGCCAUACAGCUCCGUUGAUUAAAUUAUGAUAUUCACUCUGGCAGCACUAGUAAUUUAAGUGGUUUGUAAUUAAUUUGUAAUUAAGUGAUAUGAUGUUCAGUAAAAUCUCUUCAAAGAAAACCUGUAGCCCUCUACUGUAAUCGUGAUAAUUUUACACCUUUUAUACUGUAAUUUUUGAAAAUCUUUUAACUAAAUAUACUUGACUUGAAAUGA